AUGUCGCUAAUAUCGGAACCAAUCAAACGAAAACAAAUAUUAAUCGGUCGAGUUAGUUUAGUUAUUGUUUAUUUUAUUGCCGAUAAAAUGCGAAAUAUGCGUGGCGAUGCUAUGCGUGGUUUAGCUGUUUUUAUAUCUGACAUUCGAAAUUGUAAAAGUCGUGAAGCUGAAUUACGGCGUAUCAAUAAAGAAUUAACAAAUAUUCGGCAACGAUUUCGAGCCGAUAAAACACUUGAUGGAUAUCAAAAGAAAAAAUAUGUAUGCAAAUUAUUAUUUAUAUUCUUACUUGGUCAUGAUAUCGAUUUUGGAUAUAUGGAAGCUGUUAAUUUAUUAAGUUCAAAUAAAUAUACAGAAAAACAAAUUGGUUAUUUAUUUAUUUCUGUUAUCAUGAAUUCAAGUACAGAAAUGAAACAAUUAAUUAUACAAAAUAUUCGAAAUGAUAUACAAAGUCGAAAUCCAAUAUUUAUUAAUUUAGCAUUACAAUGUGUAGCUAAUAUUGGUGAUAAAGAAAUGGCAACUGCAUUUACUCAUGAAAUACCUCGUUUACUUAUCUCAGCAGAUACAAUUGAUCCUGUUAAACAAUCGGCUGCUCUUUGUUUAUUAAGACUUCAUCGAACAAGUCCAGAUUCAUUACAAUUAAAUACAGAAUGGACAGCUAGAAUUAUUCAUCUUCUUAAUGAUCAACAUUUAGGUGUAGCAACAUCAGCUGUUAGUUUAAUUGAUGCACUUGUUAAACGUAAUCCAGAUGAAUAUAAAGGUUGUGUAAAUUUGGCUGUUUCACGUUUAAGCAGAAUUGUUACGUCAUCUUAUACGGAUUUUCAAGAUUAUACUUAUUAUUUUGUUCCAGCACCUUGGCUUUGUGUUAAAUUAUUACGAUUAUUACAAAAUUAUCCUCCACCGGAUGAUCCAUCUGUUCGAAGUCGUUUGAAUGAAUGUCUUGAUACAAUUCUUAAUAAAGCUCAAGAACCCUUAAAAUCUAAAAAAGUUCAACAUUCAAAUGCACGUAAUGCUGUUUUAUUUGAAGCUAUUAAUCUUAUUAUACAUAUGGAUUGUGAAUCAAGUUUACUUGUACGUGCAUGUAAUCAACUUGGUCAAUUUUUACAAAAUCGAGAAACAAAUCUUCGAUAUCUUGCUUUGGAAAGUAUGUGUCUAUUAGCAACAUCAGAAUUUUCACAUGAAGCUGUUAAAAAACAUCAAGAAACAGUAAUUAAUGCAUUAAAAAGUGAACGUGAUGUUAGUGUUCGUCAACGUGCUGUCGAUCUUCUCUAUGCAAUGUGUGAUCGAUCUAAUGCUGAAGAUAUUGUACAAGAAAUGUUAACAUAUCUUGAAACAGCUGAUUAUACAAUUCGAGAAGAAAUGGUUCUUAAAAUUGCUAUUCUAAGUGAAAAAUAUGCUAUUGAUUAUAAAUGGUAUUUAGAUAUAAUGCUUAAAUUAAUUCGUAUUGCUGGAGAUUUUGUAUCUGAAGAAGUUUGGUAUCGUGUUAUACAAGUUGUUGUUAAUCGAAGUGAUGUACAAAGUUAUGCAGCUAAAAUAGCAUUCGAAGCAUUACAAGCACCAGCUUGUCAUGAAAAUAUGAUUAAAGUAGCUGGAUAUAUUCUUGGUGAAUAUGGAAAUUUAAUUGCACUUGAUCCACGAUCAACACCAAUGAUUCAAUUUCAUUUACUUCAUUCGAAAUAUCAUCUAUGUUCACCAACAACACGCUCUUUGCUUUUAUCGACUUAUAUGAAAUUUAUUAAUUUAUUUCCAGAAAUAAAACAACAUAUUCAAGAUGUUCUUCGUCACGAUUCAAAUUAUCGUAGUUCUGAUGUUGAAAUUCAACAACGAGCAAUUGAAUAUCUUAGAUUAAGUGAAAUAUGUAGUCCAACAGUAUUAGCUACUGUAUUGGAAAUCAUGCCACCUUUUCCGGAAAAACAAUCACCAUUACUUGUCCGUCUUAAACAAAAGAAACCAUUAAUGGAAGCUGAAGGUAAUAAUGAACCAUCAGCAACACCGACGACACAUACAGAAGAUGCUCCUAAACUUGCUGAAACAGCUAUCCACCUUAAUCAACAACAACAGCAGCAACAACAACAACAAAAUGGACUUCUUCUUUCAUUUGAUACAAUUGAAUCUAAUACUCAUUAUAAUGAAUCAACAUCUUAUUCACUUCCAUCAACAUUAACAACAACAACAACAGCAGCAGCAGCAGCACCAACAACAGCAACAAUACAAUCAACAAAGAAAUUUUUAUUUAAAAAUAGUGAUAUUAUUUUUGAAAAUGAUCUUGUACAAAUAGGCAUCAAAGGUGAAGCAACGAAAAAUAUUUUACAUGUAGAAUUUUAUUAUGGAAAUAAAACGAAUUUUAAUUUAACAAAUAUUUCAACUCAUAUUACAUUAUUGGGUGAAUUAGAAUCAGAACUACGACUUAAUAUUGAACCAAUUAAAACAACCAUUGAUCCAAAAGCACAAAUCAAACAAUUAGGAACAAUUGAAUGUUUAAAAGAAUUUCGAGAUUUACCAAAAAUAAAUUUUACAUUUUAUUAUAGUAAUGUACCACAAAAACUUGAUUUUUCAUUUCCAUUAUAUAUAAAUAAAUUUAUUGAAAAAGCUGAAAUGGAUUCAAAUAAUUUCUUCUUACGUUGGCGAAACCUUGAAAAACCUGGUCAAGAAUUUCAAAAAAUUUUUCCAGCAAAAUAUCCAAUGAAUCAUGAUGAUUGUUGUCAUAAAUUGGAUGGUUUUGGUUGGAGUAAUUUAAUAGGUAUUGAUGUUAAUUCGGAUAAUUUUUGCGGUGCUGGUAUAUUACAUACAUCUUCACAACAAAUCGGUUGCCUCUAUCGACUUGAACCAAACAAACAAGCUAAAAUGUAUCGUCUUACGGUUCGAGCAAGCAAAGAUGGUAUUGCUAAUCAUCUUGUUGAAUUACUUGAAGAUGAAUUUUAA